UUUGCUGGUUCCUGUUUUCAUCCACUUUUUCCCAUGGUGUGUACAGCAUAUGCUUUUCCUGAAUUUUGUGAGGAUACCAUUCCAAGAUUUUGCAAAUUUAACACAUCAUGGUGUUAAUUCAUUGGGAAGGAAUUUUUAUUUGCGGGGAGAAAAUGGCUUACGAUUGGGAUGUUGGCACAUAUUACCUUCUGAGAUAGCCGUGAAUUAUCGAGACCCAGUAUUAAAUGCCAGAGAAAUGGAACGGCUGAUGGCAACGUCAGAUAAUCCGGUAAUUAUCUAUUUACACGGCAAUUCAUUUGACCGAUCACAGUCAAGUCGCUGUGGAUUGUAUAAUUUACUGGCUAAUAUGGGUUUUCAUGUGCUAGCUUUAGAUUAUCGCGGAUAUGGCGAUUCAAAUGGUUCACCAAGUGAACAUGGUUUAAUUGAGGAUGCGAAGGAGAUAUUUCGCUAUGCAAGAAGUCAUUCCAGUUCAAAUAACAUAUAUUUAUGGGGUCAUUCGAUGGGAACAGCAAUUGCUACAGCAGCUGCAAUGCAAUUCAGUGAAAAAGGAUCACCACCAGCUGGCUUGAUCCUAGAAUCACCAUUCAAUAACCUUAAUGAUGCCGUUACUCAUCAUCCAUAUACAAUACCAUUCCGCUGGUUGCCUUGGUUUAAAAAAAUGGUAUUAGAAUCAUUAGACAGAUCCGGUCUGGACAUGAGCACUGAUUAUCGCAUCACAAAGGUGAACUGUCCAGUGUUAAUAUUACAUGCCGAAGAUGACCACAUCAUCCCACUGCAAUUGGCUCGUAAAUUGCGUGAUAGUGCUUUGGCUGCCAAGCGUGAUGUGACCCUGAAGGAAUUCGAUGCAAGCCGCAAUUUUUACCACAAAUUCAUUUAUUUAGCUGAUGAGCUACCUGAAAUUCUCAGGCGAUUUACAGAAAAAUGUACUUUAAAAACGAAGGAAGCGCAACAGUAG